AUGAAUCUCCUGGUAACCUUCUGGAGAUGCAUGCUUAUGUUUCUCACUUUUUCCAUCCAGGGUUGCCCUUUGCUCCCUGCUGACUGUGAGCACUUCAUCCCACUUGGCAACCUGACAGUGGAACCAGCGCCACUCUUUCUAUUGGGCUCAAACCUGACGGUGUACUGCCACAUCAGUGACUGUGAAUGGAGCUAUAAAAUUACUCUGGAGCUGAAUGGGAGGAAUGUUAAUUUGUCCAAAAGAGUCAACUGCACCACUGAAAUGUUCUACCUGCCCAGUGUUAGGGCGCCUCAGUCCUCACUGGUCUGCAAGAUGAACCACAACCAGCUGUCAGCUCAAAGCAUCGUUAAUGGAAAGGAUCUGCGUGCUGGCCUUCCUCCUGAUAAACCUGUAAACGUGAACUGUGAAACAACUCGGAGCUCAGACCUGAUCGACUGCUCCUGGGAGAGAGGACAGGAAACAUACAUACUCACAUUCUUCAAUGUCUCACUCUUCAGGGAGAAUGGGACCCAAAUCUAUUCAAAUCGCAUCAAGAAUGCUGACGAAGUCGUCUUACCACGAGAAAUUUUAGACGAAAACACUAAAUAUCUCUUAACCGUCACUGCUUACAACCACUUCGGAGCGUCAAGGUCCGAUCCGUUUAUCUUUUGCAUGAAAGAUCUAGUGAUACCAGAGACCCCUCACAUAGUCCACAUGGACUUUGGAAGCAGCUCUGCAUUCGCCACGCUGCGCUGGAAGACCUCAGAGUCUUCAGUGCAUCUCAGACCCCAAAUCAGACUGCGUGCAACUAACAGCUCCUGGGAGCAGAGAGAUGGAGCAGAGCUCAGUGACGGACUGAUGCAGGUGGACAACCUGAGGCCCCUGACUAGAUAUGAACUCCAGAUCAGAACAUGUGACUCACCAUCAGGACUGACACCAAAAAACAUCUCCAGCUUUACAACCAAGUGGACGUCUAGACCUCUCUGCAGCAGAUGGAGCCCAUCUGUGAGGAAGAUGAGUCCUGGAAGAGGUUUGUCUCAGGAGCUACAUGUGUGGAGGAUCUUAGCUGGCUGGACCUUAAAUGGACUGAGGAACGUUACUGUUUUAUGGAAGCCACCGCCUUCAGAGGAUUACAGCGGUGAGCUGUUAGAAUAUCAAAUCCUUCUGGAUAACGGACAUGUGCAGAGCUGUGCUGCUGCCUCCAGUCUGUGUUUACUUCAGGUACCAGCAGAGGUUCAGGCCGCGAGCGUCACUGCAGUGACCUCAUAUGGAACGUCUCCUCCUGCUAAUGUGAACUUCAGACACACAGGUGUUUUAGUGCCUGUCCUGCGAGAUUUAACUCCUGGAGCUAGUGGCAGCUCUGCACUCUUAUCCUGGGCUCCACGGACUGAAGAAGAACUGUUGAACUUUGUUGUGGAGUGGGACAGUGUACCUGCAAGAGAGCUCCAGUGGAAACUGCUGCGCAAAGAACAGAGAAACACGUCACUCUCAGGUUUGACUGCAGGUGUGAGGUAUAAUGUAUCUUUGUAUGCUGUAACCACCAGAGGGGUCAGCGCUCCAGCAUCCAACCUGAUCUAUUCCAAAGAAAAGAAGCCGGUUCAUAGUCCCACCCUGUUGGUCCUUGUCCAUGAGUCCAGGCAGAUCCUGGUCCAGUGGAAUGAGUUGCCCGUAGACCAGCAAAGGGGCUUCAUCACAAAGUACACCAUUUAUCUGCGGACCCUGGGCCCCAGCAGCACAGAGCACAGAGUGAUUGUAUCUGGAUCUGGUCCAAGAGAGAUGUGGCUGGACUGCCCUGAAGGAGCUCUGGUUCUACAGAUGAGUGCGUCCAACUCUGCAGGAGAAGGCCCACGAGGGAGAUGGACCUCCUCCCAGCCUGUUGCUCCUGCAGUCGGUCUGGUGAUCGUGAUUGUGCUCAUAGUUACCGUCUUCAUAGUGACUGUCGUCAACCUGAUGUGUUGGAGCUGUGUGAGAAAAUGGAUAAAAGAGAAAUGCAUAUCGUGGGGACCUGAUUGGCUCGCUGAAAGCCUGCCGAAACCAGGACGCAGCAACGCCAUCAGACUGCUGGAGGACGACAGAAGUGAGCCGUUAUUCUGGUCAACGUACAGCGACCCUCCUCUCUCUCCGAUCCUCGUGGUCUCCUCAGAGGAGCGGGUGUGUCCCAUAAUUCAAGUUGAAAAGUCACAGACUAAUUCAGGAGAAGCCCUGGCAGAGACCACUCCAUCAGUGUCCAGCACCAGGACGAUGCUGGUUGAACAUGCCAGCUACAAACCCCAGACUGCUGCGCUUGUUCCUUUGGAGGAGGAUACAUUUUCAGAAGAGGGCCUGAAGGAUACUCAAGCAAAUGCAGAGGAAGAUAGACACUCAGACAUACUGACAGGAUUACUGGGGGGCUUGUUGCCAAGCAUGGAUGUGGAUUACUCUGAUUUGUCCCAGGGGCUAACGCUUGGCUCCAUUGAUGGGCUUUUAUUGCCUACAAAUUCUGAAACAACGUUCUUGAAUACAGUCUUCUUUCAGGAGGGGAGAGGGACUAUGGACAACAUGGAGACAAACGUCUUUCUGGACCUGCAGCAGGACUGUGGAAUAACUUUGGACACAGAUGAUCCUUGCUCGUCUCAGUGUCUCAGUGAAACAACACAGACUGAUGAUUAUUUCCCCCAGGUGGCUCAUCUCAGCACGACUAUGCUCGACACACAGAGGUAGCAAAAAAAUGAA